UUACUGUAUAAUUUUGUAUACAGUAAUAGACUUUCCUUGGGUUCACUUCAAUUAAAAGUUGAUGUUAAAAGCUUUCCUAAGCCACAAAGUUACCUUUUUUCUUCUCCAAUGGCUACUGUCUGCAAAGUGUCACUGUUCAUCUUCUUCUCAUUCUGUGAGUAUCUUCUGAGUUAUGCUUCACCAGAAGCAGAUAUUCUGCUUACAUUCAAGAGCUCCAUUGAAGAUCCCAUGAACUCUCUCAUGGGAUGGUCUAACACCACAGCUGUGCACCACUGUAACUGGACUGGUGUCACUUGCACACCUCAACCUUCAUCAUCAUCAUCAAUCUCUUCUCUCAAUCUUCAAAGAUUGAAUCUUUCUGGUGAAAUCUCAGCUGCUAUAUGUGGGCUCCCCAGUCUCACCCAUCUUAACCUGGCUGAUAACUUCUUCAACCAGCCCAUUCCUCUCCAUCUCUCACAGUGUGGGUCUUUGGAGAAUCUGAAUCUCAGCAACAAUCUCAUCUGGGGCACAAUCCCAGACCAGAUUUCUCAGUUUGGGUCUUUGAAGUUUCUUGAUUUUGGGAGGAACCAUCUUGAAGGGAACAUCCCAGAAAGCAUUGGGUCAUUGAAGGAGCUUCAAGUUCUCAACUUGUGUAGCAACUUGCUCUCAGGUAAUAUUCCACAGGUCUUUGGUAACUUCACUCAGCUUUUGACUCUUGAUUUGUCUCAGAAUUCCUUAUUGGUGAGUGAGAUUCCUGGAGAUAUUGGCAAGCUCAGUAAACUUGAGAAGCUUAUCUUGGGAAGCUCUGGUUUUUAUGGAGAAAUAGUACCAAACUUCUUUCAGGGUUUGAAAAGUUUGGCCAUUUUAGACCUUUCUCAGAACAAUCUCACUGGUAAGAUCCCUGAGAUUGGGCUGUCUCUUCCAAAUUUGGUUUCUUUUGAUGUUUCACAGAAUAGGCUUUCUGGGCCAUUCCCAGUUGGUGUUUGUAAUGGCAAAGGUCUUCAAAACCUUGCUUUGCAUGAAAAUUUCUUGAAUGGCUCAAUACCAAAUGACUCCAUCAAUGAAUGCAUCAAACUUGAAAGGUUUCAAGUUCAGAACAAUAGGUUUACUGAGAAUUUCCCUUCAUGGCUAUGGUCAUUGCCUAAGAUUAAGAUCAUUAGAGCUGAAAACAACAGGUUUUCUGGGGUCAUCCCCGAAUCGAUAUCAAAAGCUGCUGAAUUAGAGCAAGUGGAGAUUGAUAAUAACAGCUUUGCUAGUAAAAUACCUGAUGGUCUUGGAAUGGUUACAACCUUGUAUAAAUUUUCUGCAUCUCUGAAUGGGUUGUAUGGUGAACUUCCUCCAAACUUCUGUGAUUCUCCAGUUAUGAGCAUCUUAAAUCUAUCCCAGAAUUACCUUUCAGGUGAAAUUCCUCAACUGAGGAACUGCAAGAAAUUAGUCUCAUUGUCUCUAGCUCGUAACAGUUUUGCUGGUGAAAUACCAAAGUCUCUUGCUCAACUGCCUGUGUUAACUUACCUUGAUCUUUCACUUAAUAACCUCACUGGCCCUAUCCCAGAAGAGCUUCAGAAUUUGAAGCUUGCUUUGUUCAAUGUCUCCUUCAACCGGCUUUCUGGCAGAGUUCCAUCGUCGUUGAUUUCUGGCCCUCCUGCUUCAUCUUUGCAAGGAAACCCUGGCCUGUGCGGUUGGGGACUUCCCAACUCUUGUUCCGAUGACAGGCCUACUCACAAGAAUGCUAAGAUGUCAAGAUUGGCGUAUACCUUGAUGUCAAUAGCUUUAGCCAUUGCGAUUAUCAUGGCUGUUGGAUUUUACAUGAUUCGCCGUUCUCAGAAACCAAAUCCCCAAAUGGGUAGCUGGAGGUCAGUUUUCUUCUAUCCUCUGAGAGUUACAGAGAAUGAUCUGAUCAUGGCAAUGGAUGAAAAGACGGCUAGAGGGAACAGUGAAACUUUGGGGAGAAUUUAUGUUGUAAAUUUACCAAGUGGUGAGCCAGUUGCUGUGAAGAAGUUAGUAAAUUUUGGAAAGCAGUCUUCAAAAUCUCUGAAAUCAGAGGUCAAGACUUUAGCAAAGGUCAGGCAUAAGAACAUCACAAAAAUUCUCGGGUUUUGCCACUCAAGCGAUUCAAUCUUCUUGAUCUAUGAAUAUGUAGCAAAUGGUAGUCUUGGUGAUCUAAUUGGGAAAUCUGACAUCAACUUAUCAUGGAGUGUAAGGCUGCAGAUUGCCCUCGGAGUUGCUCAAGGACUGGCAUACCUUCACAGGGAUUAUCUCCCGCAUUUACUCCACAGAAACAUCAAGUCACAUAAUAUUCUGCUUGACGCUGAUCUUGAACCAAAGAUUACAGACUUUGCUCUUGAUCGCAUCAUUGGAGAGACAGCAUUUCAAUCAUCCCUCGCUUCAGGAUCUUCACCUUCUUCCUACUUGCCACCAGAAUUUGGUUACACAAAGAAGGCGACUGAACAAAUGGACACAUAUAGCUUUGGCGUUGUAUUGCUAGAGCUCGUGACAGGCCGGAAUGCUGAGCAAACGGAGCCUUGGGAGGGCUCACUAGAUGUUGUGAAGUGGGUACGAAGGAAAAUCAACAUCACAAAUGGGGCGGUUCAAUUGCUUGACCCCAAGAUUUCAGGUUCAUCCCAACAACAAAUGCUGGAAGUUCUGGAGAUUGCUUUACACUGCACUGCUGUAAUGCCUGACAAACGACCAACCAUGGCCGAUGUUGUCAGGGAACUUCAGUCCCUCUCAAUCAAGAUUGAGAGUACAAAUCUUGAAAUAUCUGAUUCUGGUAAUACUUCAGUGCCUUUCUGAAGUAAUUAAAAGCAGAAUCUACAGGCAUCAUGGUUUUGUACAUUCUACUGAUCAUGUUAGUAGUGUUAUUAUGUUAAUCAAACAUAUCCUGCAAUAUAAAUGAACUCUGGGGCCACAAAUUCCCAAUCUCUCUUGUGGAUUUGUGGAAUACUUGGCUGCUUCAGGAACGAUUUGGUCAGUUGUUUCAAA